GUUGUUCUGUUACAAAUUCAUCAUCAUCAUCUACAAUGGCUUCAUCUUCAUCUUCAUCCUCAUCACAUUCAACAUCACCUACAAAUAUUGAAACGUGUUCAUCAUCAUCAUCGUCAUCAUCACCGGAUUCAUUGGAAUCUGCACCCGAUUCAUAUGAUUCAUCAACAAAAUUUUUAUCCGAUGGAAAUGAUGAUGAAAUAUUGGAAACGGUCAAAGAAGAGGAAGAUUUCAAUAAUAAUAAUAAUAAUGGAAAAGCAUUUCAAAUCAAAAAUAACAGCAGCAAACAUCACGAUAAUGGUUCAUCUGAACAACAGCAAGCAGCACAAAAAGUUGAAAAUCAACCCAUUACCAUGGCUUUCAUCACUAAUCAUUCAUCUUCCAACAGGCCGGAAAUUUUUGAUCAUCUUCAUAAUCAAGGUAAUAAUAAUAAUCUUCAUUUUAUACAACAUCAACAACAACAAUUUGAAGAUGAAAAUGAAAAUAUCGAUGGUCCGGAUGAAAAUUAUGUUGUUUUCCAGCCAAAUCGUUUAUCGACAUGCAUUAAAACAAAAGAAUCCAUUUGCAAUGUUGAAACAAUACAACAACAAUCAAAAGAAUUGAAAUCACGACAUACAAGUACCAUAGUGAUCAAUUCGAAUGGUUCAAGUGAAAUAACUACCACAUCAUCUAUUCUGACAAAUGGUUCAUUAAAACAUUCUGAUUCACUUUCAUCUGAAGAUAAACGUAGUCAAAUGUUGGCCAAAAUGGCACUUGAUUUAAAACUACAUCGUAAUGAUCAUGAUAAUCAUCGUGAUUCAUCAUCAACACCAACAGACAAUUUAUCAAGAUCCGAUUCAAAUCAAUCUAGUGUUAUAUCAUCAAAAACAAAUGAAUCAUUUCGUGAACGUUUGAUUAGAGAAGCAUAUGAAACUAAUAGUAUUGACGAUGCUAAUGAUAGUGUUGAUAAUCAUCGUGGCGAAAUUGUAUUUGGAAAAUCUAUUAACAAUAAUAAUAAAAUCAAAAAGGGUUCAAUUUCCAGUGAUGAUAGUAGCGAUGAUGAUUGUAAUGUUGACGAUGAUAAUAGUGAUGAUGACGAUGAAAAUGUUAAUCAUUCGGAUUCCAGUGAUAUAAGUGAUCAUGAUGAUACUGAUGAUAAUAGUGUUAAUAAUAAUGAUUCAGAUUCGAAUGAAAAAUUUACGAAUUCAUCAAAUCCAACUGCCAAAAAAUCUAUUUCAAAAUUAUUCAAAAAUGUCGUCACAUUCAAUGCAAACAAUAAGAAAAAAUAUAAAAAAAUUGUGCAAAAAAAUCUACGAAAAACAUCUAAAUUUAUUAGCGAAACAACACAACAAAUACGAAUGGAUACCACUGAUAUGGUUAGACGAUUGAAAAAUGAUAAAAAAUCUACAACAUCCGAAAAGGAUGGAUUCUAUUCAACGUUAGAGCAAAAAGUUCGCCAUGGAAAAUGGAACCUGAUGGGAUCAUCAUCGCCAUCAAAACAUCAAACUGGCUUCAAUGGAUCAUCAACCGAAACAUUAGACGAAGAGCCAACAUUAGUUAAAAUUAAACGUCUAGAAUCUACUAAAUAUAUAAAACCACCGACUUUAUUGCAAUCCAAAAAUGUGAACGAUCCACCGGUUUUGCCACCCAGAACUAUAAAAUCGAAAGUUAAUCUUACGUUGAAUAAUAUUAAAGAAGAAAAUGGUGAAACUCCGCCACCAUCGCCUCCUAAUAAUUUCAAUGAUAUUAAUGAUUUACAACCGCCCAAACCACCUGUUCGACGAACAAAAGCAAUUAAUAGAACUGUAGGUAUUUCAGCCGAAAAAAUGAUAGAAUAUCUGGAACAAAAAAUGAAUGUCAUCAUUGAAGACGUCGAUAAUUUGGAUGAUUGUGUAGAUAUUAUUGAAGAUUUUCGAGUCUCAUUAAAAGAUUGCCGAUUUUAUCGUAUAAAUCUGAAUUCAUUAAAUAUUGAAGCCCACCUGCUGACCUCAAAAACUUUUUGGGUUACCUGUUAUGAUAGUAAUUUACGUCAACAUCAUUAUGAUAGCCAACCAUGCCUGGUUUUGGAGAAAAAAUGGUCCGAUUUCCUAACCAUAACCACAUUUUGUGACCGUCUUAAUCGUUCUUUCACUAAGGAUAAUCGUCAAAUGUUAGUCGAUUCUAUCGUAUUACAAUUGUAUUGUAUUUUAGCUCGAUUUGAAAUGGGUACCACUCGUCAUGAUCAUCAUCAACAACAAACAACCGACAAUCAAUCGAAACAUAGAAAUCAUCCACCAUUAACAGUUGGUGAUAUGAAUGAUGCAUUAGUUGGAAUCAGUGUUAAUGAUAACCAAGAAAUUGUCGAUGUAUUAUUAUUACUGCCAUCAAAAACAAUUGAAGUUGAUGAUAAUGAUGAAAAAGGCUCACUUGAAUUAGAUUCCUUAUCAAUGAUGCAGGCAUUCUGUUUACAAGUAUUUUUAAUGCGUCUUACACGGCUCAUUUCUUCGAAUCAAUCGGAAGAGAACAGAAAACAAUCCAAUCGAUCAAGUCAUUAUAAUAAUGUUUCAAAACGUUUACAAACUUUUACCACUUUAAGUGAACUAAAAAUUUUAUCAGCCAUUGAUAUAUUUCAUAUUGUUGAUUAUAAUGAAAAGGAUCCAUCAAUGAUUGGCCAACAAAUUCGAUCAUGGAUUAAUGAUCAUCGUCAACCACAAGAAUUGAAGCGACGAUAUAUUUCAGUCAACAAUAAUGAAAAUUCAAAUAUAUCGAUUCUUGACUAUCUGGAAUUGGAUUUUGUCGUCAACACCAAAACACAGAAUGUAUCUGAUCUAGUGUACAAAGAUCAUUUGGAACAAUGAUUUUAUAGUAUAGCCAAAAUAUAUUUUAUUCAAUGUAUAAAUAACUUUUAUCAAAGGCAGAAUGAUGUUGUUUUUAUAAUUGAUUCUCAAUUUUCUAUCUUAAAUAAUAAAAAAAAACUUAAAUUUUUAA